UUUAACGCGCAACUUUCAGAAAGGAACGCAUCUGAUCCAGUCGUAUCCCCGCAGAAAGCUCCGAUGUGAGUCUUUUUCUGGCUGGUCUCCGCAUUGCUCCCAUCUCGCCGCGGUUCAGACCCUCUGCGCGCACUGCUGCUUGCCUCCGACUCCAGGACAAAUUCAGGAUUGCGCUUUGAAGCCUGAGCCCACUGUGCUGCUGCCUGGUGUUGUUCCUGAGCAAAGCGCGCUGCUUACUUACUUACUUCACCGAACUUUAUUGCAACUUGUUGACAGGACCGCGCCAACAAACGGAAGGGAUUUCGGUUUUGGUUCUGGUCACCGUUUGAGAGUUUUUCCAAGCAUGGAGACGGCCAGCAGCGGCUCCAACGGGGAAAGCAAGCCGGUGUGUCAGUGUGCCACCAAGUCCGGAGACCAGCGCUGGCUGCCUGGCUUUCCCAUCGCUCUCUGCCUGCUCAUGUCUCUGAGCUCAGUCACCGUGUGUCUUCUGAUGAGCUUCAGGACCCAGCGGCUGGAGAACCGGCUGUACAUGGAGAUGGACAAGGCGUCCAUCCUCCAGGCUCCGCAGAGGUCUUUCAAAUACGAGGAUGGGACUCUCCUUGCAGAGCUCAGCGCCCCAGUGGGAAAGCUUGUGGAGGAGAAAGUGGCAGCUCUGAUGCCGAAGUUGCGGACCGCUAGGGAUGUCGGCCAAGAGUGCUCCUGUCCUCCAGGGCCUCCAGGAAAACGCGGACGCGUCGGAAGAAGAGGGGAACCUGGGCCUCCUGGCAAGGUUGGACGAGAUGGAUACCCGGGGCCUCUCGGCUUGGAUGGCAAACCAGGUUUGCCAGGACUCAAAGGAAGUCAGGGCCUGCCCGGACCCAAGGGAGAGAAGGGCGACCAAGGAGACAUUGGGCCAAGGAUGGUUUUCCCCCGAUAUGAUCACAGCUUUCUCGCUGGAGAGCAGUCCAGCAGCUUUCAGAGACGCUUUCUGAAGGGUGAUCAAGGCCAAGCUGGACCCGCAGGGCCUCCUGGUCCUCCUGGGCCUCCCGGUGCCCGUGGGCCCCCAGGAAACACCGGGAAGGACGGGCCCGGUGGAGAGCCGGGUUUGCCAGGUCGGGAUGGUGUUGAGGGACCGCAGGGACCGCCUGGGAAACCGGGAGAAGACGGAGAGCCUGGCUAUCCAGGAGUGCAGGGCCCUCCAGGGCAGAGGGGGGAGCCAGGUAUGGGAGAGAAAGGAGAGAGAGGCAUGGACGGAGUCCCAGGAUUAAAGGGUGAUAAAGGAGAGGCAGGAGAACAAGGACCACAGGGACCUAUGGGUUAUCCUGGCGAAAAGGGCGCUGCCGGCUCCUCAGAUAUUGUCGAUUUCAACGGAAAGCUCCUAGAUGCUUUCCAGGCCAUCAAAACCAUCAGUGUUUCGGGCCCACCUGGACCACCAGGACCUCCUGGCCCUCCAGGGGAAAAGGGAGAGCUUGGAUUGCCUGGGCCUGCAGGAGUAGAUGGAGAAAAGGGAUCCAGAGGUGAUUUGGGUGAAAUGGGACCUCCUGGAGAGAGAGGAGAGAAAGGAGAGAUGGGCCUGUCUGGACCUUCUGGCGUGGACGGACAUAAGGGGGAAAAAGGAGACUGCCGACUGGAUGACAACCUGAUUCAGAUGAUCUCUCAGCCGGGCCCUCCUGGUCCCCCUGGCCCUCCAGGAAUACCCGGGUCCCCAGGAUCCAUGGGUCUGCAUGGUAUGCCCGGUCCUAAGGGCGAACCAGGAGCUGGGAUCAAGGGAGAGAAAGGGGAGCACGGGUCUCCUGGAUACAAGGGGCUGGACGGCCACCAGGGCCCACCUGGGGCUCCUGGGUUAGUGGGCCUUCCCGGUGCAAAGGGGGAAAAGGGCCGACCAGGGGAGCCGGGACUGGAUGGUUUUCCGGGUCUGAGAGGAGACAAAGGUGAACGAGGAGAAAAAGGAGACAAGGGUGACAGAGGGACAGUCGGGAAGAGAGGUCUGAAGGGUAACAAGGGAGAACAAGGUCCUCCAGGACUGGACCAACCCUGUCCUGUGGCCUGUGAUGAGAGUAAAGGUCACUCUGUGAAGGCAGGGCUUUCUUCUCCUGAAACUGCUCCUCUUCCUCCUUCUGGCCCUGAGGCCCCCUGUCCUGUGGGACAUGAUGGGCUUCCAAUACCAGGCUGUUUGCAUAAGGAGGAAAUGGUGAGGCAGAAGCUCAAACGUAAGCGUCUCUCUCAGCCCUGAGACAAACGCAGCCCCGACGGGGAGAGGACACACAAAUGGGCAGAGAGAGUGAAACAAAAGGGCUUUUACUGAAGAGCUUCAUUUCUGAUGCCUCUGCGUCACGCUCAGAUCUUGCAUUACAGAGACUCUCCAGGAGGGGGCGACAGAACUCUGCAUUUCCACAUUCACCUCUGAUGGGAAAGAAACCUGUUGCUGAUGAUGUUGCGCGAUAGCUUGAUAACCAGUUCAAGUUUUCUGGGAGUCACUGACGUCCCUGGCACAUAAGGAAGGGAAUUACUGGGCAGAUAAUUUGUUAUAAUAAUAUGUCGUAUGAGAUUGUUGUAAAAUAUUAGUGCAUGGCAGUGUUGUUUAGCACCCUGAAAGCAUGUGGGACUUCCAUUCAAACCUUGACAAUACAGAAUAUUAAUUUUUAUUUUGCAGUAAGCAUUAUUUACAUAUAAAAUCCCUUCAAAACAGCAUUAAGUCAACUAAUGUAAAGCUUACAUUUUGUGUGUUGUAUUAGUUUUGCAUAUUGUUUUUAUUUUUCUCCAGUUACAGUUUGCAUUCCUGUGUAUUGGUUUGAUUGCCGAGUAAAAUUUGAAGGAACCGUUUGCAGUAUUUUGGAUCAAUCAGUGUUGCCGAGGGAAAUAAGCGUCUUCAGCUGAUGGCCUUCGAAUCAUCGAAGAUUGCUACUUACAGUAUUUUGGACAACAGUAGAAGUUUUUUUGCUGCUGACUUAAAUGUGUGUUGUUGUUUUUUUUUUUUUUUCUUUUCUAUAUAUUUGUGAAUUAUCUUUAGCUUUGAAUUUAAGAAGAACAAGUACUUAAUAAUGUCAUUCAAAACGAUUAUAUAUGCAAUAAUUCUUCACUGGUUUCAACUUUGACUGUAUCUCAGCGAUAUGUGUCCCAGAGUUGUUGUUUUUUGUUUUGCUGUAUGGAUUUUUUUUUUCAUUUGCAACAAAAACUAUCUUUGUUAUCAGGUGACAUUCAUUUUGUGUGAUAUUGUCAACAAAUCUUUCUCAGACGGACUCAUUUCUUGGUGCUUCAGUACUUUUUUUUUUUUUUUUUUGCAAAUCUUUAUCAUGAACAGUGGCGGUUUUUGAAUUCAUGGCACCCAUGGUAAACCCCCCUCUGCUACCUCAGACCAAUUAAAAUCAAGAACACUAAACUUCCUUUCCUGGAUAAUAUACAGUCCUGCACAAAGCAUGUAGAAUACUCCUACUUUCAGCAACAAGCAGGGGGGGAUAAUUCUUCAUUGACAGUAAAUAUGUAAAAACAAUAAACUUAUCUAAUCCUCAACCUACAGAAAAGAGGUGCUUAUGCCACCCCUUUCUAAUGUCUCCCUGGGUAACUACCAAUAUGACCGAAUUAAAAAAAAAAAACGCCACUGAUUCACUGUCUUUUAAAACACACAUCUGCAGACUUUUCAACAACCUGUUUUAAGUCGAGCUUGUUCAGCUUUGUACUUAUAGAUCAUGAAAUAUGCUGAGAUGUUUGGAAACAUAUUGGAAAUAUAAUCCGUGUACAUUGAUAUGUGUUAUUUGAUGUUUUGCCUUCAUUUUACAUUAUACUACACGCAGUAUUCUAACACUUAAAAAUAUUUCUGUCUCAGUGUUACUACGGUCUCAAGGAGAGUUCCCUGAAUUGGUUCAGGUUUAUUUGAAAGUGGAAAUGUUUGUGUGGAUUUAAAAGUUGUACUCACUCUUAUUAAAAUGUCUUCUUUUGUGUGUGUGAUGGAAAAAAAAUUGGGGUGUGACAAAUUGCCAAGGGUGCAACCAGUUCUAGAAUAUUUGAACUGUAUUUCAGAUUAAUCAGAUUUUUUGAUUCAGGACAUUCACAUUUAUACAACCAGAUUUAGUUAAAUUUUUGCCCCUAAUAGAUUUGCAAAAAAAAAAAAAAGAAUGAGAGGGUACACAGUAUUAAACAUGAGCAUUUGUGCAGUUGUAUUAAUCUGAGAUAUUUUAAAUAUGUGUUGAGAGGAACUGGUGGUUAAAAGUGUUAAUGCAGACAAGUAAUAGGAUCUGUAGUGCUUGAAUACGCAAUAAUUACUCAUUCAAGAGUUUCUUGAAUGUGUUCAUCAUGUCAGUCUGUUCAGAUUUUUGACUGAAAGCAUCAGGUUUAUACAUCUUAAUCUGAACAAAAUCAGAUCUGAAAAACUACUUAAGAAAGAGAAGUCUUCCCAUUUUUCUUAAUUCAAGUAGUCAAACUUGAGUCAAUUAAAAAAAAAAAAAAAACAUUAUUUCAUGUUAUGCCAAAAUAAGCUGGUGGUUAUCUGCUUUAUGUUUAUUGCUUUCACAGAUUCUUUCAGUACUAUUUUCUUGGUAUAAUGAAGUUGAUUUGUGAUUAAAGUUUUAUAUUUUAUCCAAUCUUACCCUACAGUGUUAGUUUGACUUUGUGAGCAUUGUUGCUUGUUUGUGCAUUUGGUUGUAAAGGAUUUCAGGUGUUUUUGUAAUUACUUGUCCAAUUAUAUGAUAAAAAGCAACCUAUGGUCAGUCCAACAUGUAGACAAUAAAGUCAAGUUUUACGAUU